AAAUUAUUUAAACUGAGUUUUAGAGAAAAGCAGGCAGUAAUUAUGAGUCUAAGUGACGGCUUUGGAUACCUCAAACAAGGCCUAGUCACUGGACUUGGUGGUUUUGGACUUGGUGGAGAAAUGGAUCCUGCAAUUUCCUUCUUAUCCUUCAAUCAGGAUGCGAGUUCACUGACUUUGGGUACUGAGGACGGAUACAAGAUCUACUCUCUAACCUCAACAGAUAAACUGGAUCUGGUUUAUUCAAACCAGGAGAAGGAGGUUUUUAUCGCAGAGAGGCUUUUCAGUAGCAGUUUAGUUGCUGUUGUUACCAUGGACAAUCCCAGAACCUUGAUAGUUUCUCAUUUUAAAAAAGGGAGUGAGAUAUGCAGAUAUUCCUACAAUGAGAGAAUACAGGGUGUGAGGAUGAAUCGAGGACGACUAGUGGUUUGUCUGGAGGACAGCCUUUUCAUACACAAUAUCAGAGAUAUGAAGGUACUUCAUGUAAUCCGGGAAACCCCUCCUAAUCCCCGAGGUUUAUUCGCUCUCUCUACAGACAGUGAUAACAACUACCUCGCAUACCCAGGACAUUCAACUAUAGGAGAACUUCAGAUUUUUGACACGGUAAACUUGUAUUCCCGUGUGAGUAUUCCGGCGCAUGAAGGUCAACUGGCAGCUAUGCAAUUCUCCCCUUCAGGAAACAGGAUUGCUACAGCAAGUGAUAAAGGAACUGUGAUACGUGUAUUUAAUUGUGAGAACGGGUCCAAGCUUUACGAGCUGAGAAGAGGGUUAAAGAGAACUGCUACGAUUUAUAGUUUGGCGUUCUCUCCGUGUGGUUCCUUCCUGGCGUGUUCCUCUAAUACCGAGACAGUGCACGUCUUUAGGAUGGAGGAGAAGACGACUGAUCCUGCUCCGUUGUGUGGCAGCCCUAGCGAGGACCUUUUCGGAUACAUUCACCAGUUUGUAAGUGCAGGUGCUGUACUUCUUCCAACCCAGAUGACCGAUACCCUGAUGCAGGGCAGAGCAUUUGCCUCGGUGCACCAUACACUUACAGGCGUAAACCGAUGUGCACUAGUCAGUAUCAGAAAUAGUGUUCGUCUUCUUCUAGCUAGUCAGGAUGGAAGACUGUACAUCUAUAAUCUUGAUCACAAAGAGGGUGGAGAUUGUUCUUUGAUUCAACAGUUUCAGCUUAUAGACCAGGAUAAUCAGAUUCUCGGUUUAGAGGAUGGACUUCAGGAUUUAAACCCAGCCUCCCCUUCAGGAUCAUCUUCAUGCUCAUCAUCAUCACCAUCAUCUACUACAUAUGCGGACAGACUGAAAAACAAGGCUAAUUCUGAGAUGACUGAUUCUGAUAAAUUCCACGAGAUGGAGUCUGCAACAGAAACCCCUCCAACACAGUGUUUUCUUCUAGACGAUGAUAGAGAAUUCCCACCAGUGUAAAUAUUGUAUUCCCACUUGUAUACAUAAUUAAUCCCCUUGUUCUAUUCCCGCUUGUUAAAACUAUAAAUUUAUUCCUCAUUAUAUUAAAUCUGUAGUUUGCAUAUCAUUAAUUUAAUCCCAG